AUGUUACCCAGGCACUGUCCAUUCAUUCCUGCUUUGGGCAUCUCCAAUCAUUUACGGAUCCUAUUCUAUCCUGAAGAUGCAUCCAGCCCUGGCUUUCUCCAAGUUCAUACAGCUGCCAGGGAAAUACGUUCACCUCCUCUCCAGGGAAAAGAACUGAAGCCAUUCAACGAUUUGCCAGGAAAUUGGAAAACCAGCUGGUUUAAUCUGUAUCAGUUCUGGAAGGAGGAUGGUUUCCACAAUGUUCAUAACAUUAUGGUGGAGAAGUUCCAAACCUUUGGUCCUAUUUAUAGGGAGAAACUGGGCAGUUAUGAGAGUGUCAACAUUAUUGAUCCCAAAGACGCUGCUAUUCUCUUCAAAUCUGAAGGAUUGUACCCGGAGAGGUUCACCGUGCCACCGUGGAUCGCCUAUCGGGACUUCCGUAAUAAGCCUUGUGGGGUCCUCCUCAAGAAAGGAGACAGCUGGCGUCAGGACCGCCUGGCCCUGAACAGGGAAGCAAUGUCCCUCAAAAUCACGGAUAACUUUGCUCCCCUCCUGAAUGAAGUGGGGGAAGAUUUUGUCAAGAGAAUGCAGAUGAAGGUUGGCACCAGCCCACAAGAUAAAUGGACAACUGACCUCACCCAUGAGCUGUUCCGUUUUGCGUUGGAAUCUGUAUGCAAUGUCCUGUACGGUACCCGCUUGGGGCUUCUUCAGGAUUUCAUUGACCCUGAGGCACAGAAGUUCAUUGAUGCCAUCACCUUGAUGUUUAAUUCCACCGCACCAAUGUUGUACAUACCGCCAGAAUUUCUGCGCAGGAUCAAUUCCAAGUUUUGGCAGGACCAUGUGAAUGCUUGGGAUGUCAUCUUCAUGCAUGCUGACAAAUGUAUACAGAACAUCUACCAAGAUCUCUGUUUCAAUGAGAAGAGGGCCAAAGAAUACCGAGGCAUCCUGUGCAGCCUUUUACUUCAGAACAAGAUGCCGAUUGAAGAUAUCAAAGCCAGCAUAACUGAGAUGAUGGCAGGAGGGGUGGACACGACUUCCAUCACACUCCAGUGGGCUCUGUAUGAACUGGCUCGCGUGCCACACCUUCAGGAACAACUCAGGUCCGAAAUCUCUGCAGCCAGGACAUCUUCCCAGGGUGACCUUCUGAAGAUGAUGAAAUCCAUCCCGCUCCUCAAAGCAGUCAUCAAAGAAACCCUAAGGCUCCAUCCAGUUGCAGUGACAUUACAGAGAUAUACAACACAAGAGAUUGCCCUUCAAAAUUACUAUAUCCCUGCCAAUACAUUAGUCCAGGUAGGACUCUAUGCAAUGUUUCGGGAUUCCAGAUUUUUCUCCAAACCUCUGCAGUUCAACCCAGAAAGGUGGCUUAAUACUGAGGACUCCAAAUAUUUCAGAGGACUGAGUUUCGGCUUUGGGCCACGUCAGUGUCUUGGCCGUAGGAUUGCUGAGAUGGAGAUGCAACUGUUUUUGAUCCACAUGCUGGAAAAAUUCAAGAUUGAAAUGAAAAGGGGAGUGGAGGUUGGUACCACUUUUGGCCUUAUCUUGAUUCCGGACAAGCCAAUCUAUUUGACGCUACGGCCUCAUCAUUCCCUUCAGUGAGCUGGGUGCAGUUUCCCAUAAGCACCUGGUGCCUCUUUUAAAACCCUUGGAGAAAGGAUGGGAGUUGCCUACCCAGCUCAUACGGAUCACAUCCUAAUGGCAAAUGUUUACUAAAUAUAGAAAUCAAACCAAGGUUGGGACAACUAAUUUGCAGCAGGACAUUUUGGCUCUCUGUCUUGUUCUUUACUCAUGCAGUACAAAUUAGAUAAGAAGAAGAUCUACCUGUGCAUGUAGCACUGUACUAGAUUUGAUAUUAUUAGAUUUAAGAACAUGAGAAGAUCCCUUCUCAUUGGAUGGAAGUACCUACUAGUUAACAGAUGGUCCAUCUCAUCCAUCUUUAUGUUUUCCAUAAUGUCCAACCAGAUCCCUUUGGGAAGCUUGCAAAGAAGGUAUGACAUUUAUAGGGUCUCUCAACUCUUGAUUUCUCUUCUUGAGCAAUGGUAGAAGGCUACUUCUGAAGAUAGAGGCUGAAUUAAGUUGCCAAGGACAACUUUUGGUUGACCUCUUCUCUGUCCAUUUCUCUAGUCCUUUAUUAGAGACAUCUCAGCCAUGGCCAUCACAACCUCCUGAGUGAUUAUGUAUCAAAUAUGUGUGGCUGGAUGAAAUAAUGUUCUCUUCCUGGUUUUGAGUCUCCUGCCAAAUCGCCACAAUGGGUGCCUCUAUCAGACAAGGAAAACUUCUAUCCGCUUCCUGAAAGACUGCCCAUCCUAAAACCCUAGGCCAACAUAGGAAAUAAUGGAUGAGGAGCCCAAGUUUUAAAGUAACCAUGGUUAGAUGCCAGCACCUCCCUUGCUUACAGCUUACAUCUCCACAAUUUGUUUCCAAUCAGGGUUUUUCUUUAUGCUCAGAUAAAGUUUGAAAUUUAGUGUCCUGUAGCCAAGUCAGAAAACUAAAGUAAUAAUAAAGUCAAUGAAAGAUGACUGCUACUGACUCACUUUUCAA